AUACCGGUUGUCAAAUUCCAAGACAACAAAACACAACAACACGAUUGGACUAUUAAGAUUUUUGGAUUUUUGUUUUUCUUAGCAAGUAAAAGCACAAUGGCAAAUAAAAAUAAACUUAAUUCUACUGGUAGCGAUGCUGUGCCCAAGCAACAGAAACUCAAGAAGCAACAAUCAGAUGACGCCAAAGACUACAGCUCAUUUAAAGUUGUACUAUUCUACUGCUCUCUAAUUGUAUUCCUUCCUGUCAUAACCUUUUUUGGCCUUAAAUCUGUGAUUUUAGACCGAUUUUUCAACUUAAACGACCUUAGUAGCAAUAUUUAUUCGGCUGUUGGGGCGGUGUUGGCCCUACACCUGGCAUUGGGUUUGUACAUAUAUAGAGCAUAUUUUGGAGGUUCCUCAAAAGGUGAAAAAUCAGAUUAAGUUAACAAUGACACUAAAGAUGACUGUUCUAAGUAUUUUUAUAUGUAUAAAAAACCAAAUGCAUUUCCUAACUUUAUUAAUAUUCCCUUUUUCCCCAGCAUUUGUUUUGUUAUGGUUCACCUCAAUAAAUGUACAUGUUUUUUUUAAAGAA